AUACAAUAAAGUCAAUGAUUUAUUUACCAAUAUUGUACAUGAUGCAAACUUGCAUAAAUUAUUGGAUGGUUGGUAUAUCAGAACUAAUUUACUAUUACAAAUUGAUAUUAAAGAAGGAAGUGCUACUGAAAAUAAUUCUGAUAUCUGA